CAGCUCAGGGAGGACACUUACUGGGGACUUGUAGCUAUUAAUAACAGCACUACUAUGUCGCUGCUACUUCUCAGCUCCUUGCUGCUGUUAAAUGGAGCGUUCCGUUCUCAUUCUGCAGCAGGAACCUGUGACGUGUGCGUGGGAUUUCUCAACAGGCUUUAUGGAAGUGUGACAUCUGCCCACAAGGAGCUCACGCCUGCCCUGGUGGAGGAAGAACUGUUCCAGGCCUGUUCCGUUGCCCGGGGGAAGGAAGCCAGACUGUGUUAUUACCUGGGAGCCAGCAGUGAUGCAGCCACCCGAGUCACAGCGGCCGUGUCACAGCCCCUGGCCUCGCACGUCCCCGUUGAGAAGAUAUGCCAGCGCCUCAGCAGCAGGGACACGCAGAUCUGUCAGCUCAAAUACGAGCCUGAGACGAGACAGCUGAGCACCGAGGGACUGAAGAAAAUGAGAGUGUUGGAGCUGAGGAACAUUUUAGCUUCGUGGGGAGAAGAGUGUCGAGGGUGCUUGGAGAAACACGAGUUUGUCAGCCUCAUCCUGGAAAAGGCACCACUGCAGAAAGCGGAGCUGUGAACAAAUGGAUGCAAAGAAGGGUAAAAAGGACUCCAUUUAUCAAAAAUUACAGGAUGAUUCGAGUCCAGCCAGCUGUUGUCCAUAAGUAUGCUUUCACAUAUAAAUACUGACCCUAGCAAAACUGACAGGAUUGGUCUCUUGGUUAUAUCUUUUUGUGCCUUCAGAGUCCAUCAAACGCAAAAUCACAUGACACAAAACGUCACAUGACAUCAGUGGCGCUCAGCUUUUGCCUUUUGAUGUUUUCUUCUUCUUGCCUGUGCUCGCACUGGCAGAGGGCGCUGGCGUCACAGGGGGAGCUCCCAGUUUCUUGCUUUUGGCUUUCCUUACUUUGUCCUUCAGGGCGUCAAUGUCCAGCUUGCCUUUCACAGGAGCUGAAACAACAGUGUCCAUAGAUAUACACACAUGUACAUACAUGUUGCCCUCGAGUUUGUAUUCCUACCUUUUGCAGUCGUCUUCAAUAAAGGUUUCUCUUUGGGAGGAAUAAAAG